CGCCCUUUCGUGUCCCGCAAAAGAAUCCUGUGUCUUAAUAAGCACCGCCGGCAUUUCCAGCGUUCCUAAACCUCGGGACGGCUCCAACCCCUCGGUGCCCUAAUUCCUGCAACGAUGAGAAGAACCUCCCGCUUCCUCUCAUGCAGCUCUAUACUGGAGAGAGCCACUAAUGUAAAGGAUUCUUUCUGGUUGACUAGUCAACAUAGUAUUUCGACAUCUGGACCAGAUCUUGUGAAUGAUGGAAGCUCCUCAGUUAGACGGAAGGCGGAAUACACUCUUUAUAAGGGAAAAGCUGCCUUGUCAGUGUCACCAGUUCUUCCAACUUUCCGUGAAGUGGAUUCUGGGAUUUCUAGAGUAUAUAAAAAAGGCUGUGUUAUCUUGACAUUUUGGCCUGCCAUUGGUCAAAGAAAGUAUGAUUGGCAAAAGAAGCAGGCCUUUGCCCUGUCACCUACUGAAGUUGGAAGCUUUAUUGGCCUGGGACCCGCUGAAUCUUGUGAAUUUUUCCAUGAUCCCUCAAUGAAAUCAAGCCUUGAAGGCCAGGUGAAGAAAUCACUAUCAAUUUCCCCAAUGAAAGAUAAAACUGGAUUUCUUCUAAACUUUUCUGUUGUUAAUAACAUCCAGAAGACAAAUGAGCGGUUCUCUCUUCCAGUUACAAUGGCUGAGUUCACAGCAAUUCGUACAGUGUUUAGUGUGAAAAACAGACGAGGCAAGGUGAGCCCUGCCUCGCAGCUGCGAGCACCCUUCGCCUGAAUGUGAGCCCUUUCACCUCGUGUUCUCGCCCAUCGACGUCAACUGCCGUGAGCUGUUCAUGCUGAUCGCCAGCGCCAUUGAUAGUUACAGUUCCUUCACUUCGUCUUCUUCCUUUGUACUCUUCCUCCACCGUUUCUUUUCUUUCUUUCUCUUCCUCUUCUUCCAGCACAUCUUCCUCCAAUGCCUCCUAUUCUUCCUUCCUCUUUGUCCUUCGUUUCUUCUUUCUCCUCCUACACCGGCCCUUCCUUUUGUCCUUCUUUUUCCUCUUCAAGUCACCAGUAUGUACUGGUGCACCAUGCAUCAGUACUGGUACUGACCAAAUACGUAUGGUUCACCCAGGGACUGACACGGAUUCAGUAUGCGAAACAACAAUCCUUGGAUGUGGACAUAUUGAUACAAUUUAGAUGUUCGUAACAUGCAUCAUUAAUGCAAGAAUUUACUUUUGAAAUUUCAUGAAAGAUUCAUAUUAUGCUUACAGAUAUCUGUGAGAAGACAGGAGAUUAUGGCAAUAACAUUGUGCUGAUGCACAUUGCUGUUUGUUCCUUUCCUGUUCAGUUUAUAUAGUUGAUAAGUAAAAAAUAAAUAAUUUGAGGUGGGAUUCAUUA